CUUCCUCCCAUGAUCUCAGCGCGUUGUGUCGCGCGACAGACACGUCUACAAUCUACAUCAGCGCCGUUUAAAUCCCCAAUUACUAUUCUGGAGGCAGCCCCACCACCGUUCCUUCCCGCAAAACUCUACAAGCGUCUCGGCCCAAAGUCGUCUAAGCUCCUUGCGGGGUAUGCCCAUGCUAAGGACACCCACACGAUAUUCUUCUACCACAACCCCGAUGUGCCGCACUCUGUGGCCCAACUGGACGUAUUGAAGCAGGCCCAUGCCCAAAAAGAAGUCACGCGUGUCCCCCAUGCCCCGCUGCGCUUCCGACUAGCAAUUCACCACGGUGCACUCUCCCAGCCGAUGAUCUCUGCACUGCUCGAAGCGAGCAAACAGCCCUGGCUCGACUUUGUCGUUCCCCGGCUGCGCAAUCGGCCUGAUGUGACCCAGGCAGCGUUUAGUGGGGACUAUGCGAAGCUGAGCGCGAUAUUGGCGGAGGACUGGCAGAAUACCGUCAUGUUCCCCAUUUCCGUUGUCUAUACCCGGCGUGACUCGGCUCGUGGCUUCCAUUCAGACCCAGAGACGACGGGUAACGCUGCGAAGCCGGUCAAGACUGGCAAAAAGCGGUUCUGGCCGGUGCCAGACAAGGAAGGGCGAAUUUUUGCGCCAUCACCUCCGCCAAUAUAUGUUGGCCCAACAGCGGGAACGAGGACGGUAAUAUGGUUGCAGUAUGAGCGGAGGAAGAUCAUCGGACGGGGUCAGCUUGGACAACUCAAAGGCGCAGAGAGGUUGUACUUGAAAGACUAG